AUGGGCGAGUUGAAACGGGCCAUAUCCUCCAGCACGUCGCUAAGCGUCGCCGCCAGCAUCGCUUCCAACACGGCCUUGAGCGUUGCCACGCCUUGCCUGGCAAAUCCCGUCGAACCCGACUAUGUGAACCCCCUCGAAUCCAGUGCGCGAUGGUACCUCACCGCCCGCGCCUCGGCUGUCCGCUACGCCGCAAGCCUCGGCUUCGGCCUUGCCAACCGCUCCGAGCCCGCCGCCCCCUCUCCGUCGCGUGAUGUCUGGCUCGAUUCGACUCUGUCUCAGUGGAAGGGACGCCAGAAAAUCAAGGUUGAGGUGUGGGUGCCGCCCCGGAUAGCUGUCGGAUCCCGGUCCGCCGUCAUCAAUCUCCACGGCGGCGGCUGGAUCCUCGGCCAGGGCACCGACGAUGCCCGCUGGGCCGGGGCCCUCAUGAGCGCCCUCGAUGCCGUUGUCUUCACCGUCAACUAUCGCCUGGCCCCAGGCUAUCCCUUCCCCGUGCCCCUCGAGGACUGCAUCGAUGCACUCAUGCAGAUUGUCGCUCGCGGGGCCGAAUUUGGCAUCGACCCGAGCCGCGUCUUCUUGUCGGGCUUCUCCGCCGGCGCCACCAUUGCCCUCGGCAGCUGGGUCAUUCUGCAAGACCCAUCCCGUUGGCACUACGAACUGACGGCCGCUCUUCCCGAGAUAGCCGGCAUCAUUCUUUUCUACCCCACGCUUGAUAUUACCAUUUCGCGUCCCGAGAAACGCCAGGCAUGCGCCCGGCCCGAGCUCACGCUGUCCCCCGGCAUGACGGAUUUGAUCGACGCCUCAUAUGUCUAUCCGCCCAUCCCCCGCGACCAGCGGACGGACCCGAGGCUGUCUCCCGGCCUCAUGUCCGAUGAACUCGUAAAAAAGCUGCCCCCUAUGCACCUCUGCCUGUGCGAGUAUGACAUGCUCCUCGCCGAGGGCGUCCGUUUCGCACAGCGGCUGCAGUGCCAUGACAAGUCCUUUUCAAUCCGCAUCGUGGAUGGUGAAGCACACGCUUGGGAUAAACCCCCUCCUAUGGCCCCGAAAGAGAGCGUCAAUGUUGAGUACGGCGAGGCGACUCAGGCCAUGGCACGCUGGCUCGGUCGAGACUGCGAGACGGAUAGAGAGUCGUCGAGUUCAAAGCGGGCCAGGAGAAUGCACAUGCGCCGCCCAAGAUACCUGUCUUUCAGGUCGAGAAGCUCGAGGUAG